CGAUGUGGCAACGCCUCAACAUCUGAUCGUGCAGUCGCACUGUUGCGUAACAGUGAUAACAACUCUUAUUUUGGUUUAAUAUCCUUGCUGUAAACUUAAAUAACUGCAAUUAUGAAAGUCUCGACACUUGCCCGCGGCUUGUUUAGCGCCAUUAAGACGAACACCGCAUCCCUGACCCGCUCACAUUUCACAUAUUACCCCACAAAACUGUCGUCUGAUGGCUCCACUGGCAACGCGCAAAAAAUGAACAUGUUCCAAGCCAUAAAUAAUGCUAUGGACUUGGCCCUCGAAGAAGACAAAUCGGCAUUGUUGUUUGGAGAAGACGUCGGAUUCGGUGGCGUUUUUCGUUGUUCAAUCAAUCUGAGGGAUAAAUAUGGCAAGGAUCGGGUUUUCAAUACCCCAUUGUGCGAGCAAGGAAUUGCAGGUUUUGCAAUUGGCGUGGCAAACACAGGCGCCACAGCAAUAGCUGAGAUCCAAUUCGCCGAUUACAUUUUCCCAAGUUUCGAUCAAAUUGUGAACGAGGCUGCCAAAUAUCGUUAUCGAAGUGGCGGUCUAUUUGAUUGCGGUUCAUUGACGUUCCGUGUGCCUUGUGGAGCUGUUGGCCAUGCCUUAUAUCACUCGCAAAGUCCCGAAGCGUACUUUGCUCAUACCCCUGGACUGCGUGUUGUGAUUCCUCGCGGUCCUAUCAAGGCCAAGGGCCUGUUGUUGGCUUGUAUUCGUGAUCCGAAUCCCUGUAUUGUGUUUGAGCCGAAAACUUUGUAUCGCGCUGCUGUUGAAGAAGUGCCCACGGCUUCAUAUGCUUCUGAGUUGGACAAAGCGGACAUUUUGCGCGAGGGAAAAGAUGUCACGCUUAUCGGCUGGGGCACUCAGAUCCAUGUACUAUUGGAGGUUGCAGACAUCGCCAAGAAGCAAUUAAACAUUGACUGCGAAGUCAUUGAUUUAGUGUCCAUCUUACCGUGGGAUACGAAAACAGUUUGCAAUUCUGCCAGCAAAACUGGUCGUGUAGUUAUUGCCCAUGAAGCGCCAUUUACCCAAGGAUUUGGAUCUGAGCUGGCCGCCUACAUACAGGAGAAAUGUUUCUUGCGUCUGGAGGCGCCCGUCAAGCGUGUCACCGGUUGGGACACACCUUUUCCUCAUGUCUUUGAGCCUUUCUACUUGCCGGACAAGCAUCGCUGUCUUGCUGCUGUCAAGGAGAUUGUCAACUAUUGAUUGAUGUAAUGCAAUAGCAAUACUAAAAAUCUAUUCGAAACGGAUGCAUUUAUUUACCGAACUUUGCUUUAAAUAUUCUCUAAGUUUAUCUAUUUUGUUGUGCCUGCAUGUUGUCUAUAAUAAUUUCUUGUUUUUCUAUAUGUUAAGACGACACUCCAGCAUAGCUGAAUAAUAAAUAUUAAACAUUUAAAA